GCAGCAGCCGGUAGCAGCGGGGAGCGAGGCAGCCGGCCCCUUCGCCCCGACCAAAGGGACGCACUCAGUAAACACAAAAGUGAGAGCCACCCAAGGGGCAGCCAAAGCAGGAGAGAAAGAGAAGGGAAGAAGAAAAAAAAAAAAGGGGCGAAAAAACAACCCAGAAAAAAAAAAAAAGAGAGAGGAGAGGAAAAGAAGGAGCGAGCGAGCGCUUUCUCUAGAAUAACAGAAUACCUGAUCGUAACAAAAUAACAUCCUUCAGACAAAAUCCAGCAGGGACUUGACAUACCAAAAAGGCAAGGCGAGGAGAACGUGCCAGGGCUCGGGGAAGGCAAGCCAAAGCCGCGAUCGCUGCCAGGGCAGGAGAGAGCAGCAUGUCAAGCGCCGGGGCACACACGGAUGAGCGCUGCCGGCAGCCCGCCUUCCUGCCCGGCCCGCCGCCGCCGCAAGAAGUUGAGAGCAGCAGCGGCAGUGCCAAGGUGCCGAGGAUGUGCGCGGCCAGGCGGAUGCUGCUGCUGCUCCUGGCGUUCCUGGCCUACGCGCUGGACUCGGCAGCCGCCUACGGCACGGCGGAGACCCUGUGCGGCGGGGAGCUGGUGGACACGCUGCAGUUCGUCUGUGGGGACAGGGGCUUCUACUUCAGUAGGCCAGUGGGACGAAAUAACCGGCGGAUCAACCGGGGCAUCGUGGAGGAGUGCUGCUUUCGGAGCUGCGACCUGGCUCUGCUGGAAACAUACUGCGCCAAAUCCGUCAAGUCGGAGCGUGACCUCUCUGCCACCUCCCUGGCAGGCCUGCCGGCACUCAGCAAGGAGAGCUUCCAGAAGCCCUCGCAUGGCAAGUACUCCAAGUACGACGUGUGGCAGAAGAAGAGCGCCCAGCGGCGGCAGCGGGACGUGCCCAACAUCCUGCGGGCUCGCCAGUACCGGUGGCAGGCGGAGGGGCUGCAAGCAGCUGAGGAAGCCAAGGCGCUGCACCGUCCCCUCAUCUCCCUGCCCAGCCAGAGGCCCCCAGCGGCACGAGCCUCCCCGGAAACGGCUGGCCCCCAGAAAUGAACCCUGACCAGCCGUCUCAAUUUUUGAUCUCCUGGGGGAGGGCGGGAGGACUGGCGAUUCCCGACCCCCGAGCCCCUCCGUCCCCAGGGCCGCUGAGCCGAGGAGCGGGGCGGCGGGGCACCCUCACGCCGCUCCGGCCCCAACCAAACAACUGACACAGCAAGGAGGGGAUGGCGGCGGCAGUGGUGGCGAGCAGCACCGCUUCCACGGCAUCUUCCUUUUGGGGUGGGGGGAGGGUUCUUUCGUUUCCCACACCUGUUUCGUUUCCCCGCGCCCUCGGUAUUUCCAAACCUGUACUUGCGAAGGGACAGUUUGGCACUUGAACUUUUUUGCUGCUGGGUGCUGCGUGACAUCCCCGGUGCCAACGCCAGAAGACAAAAGAAAGAGCAAGAGGAAAAAAGGAUAUGAAGUUAAAUCCUUUUUUUUUAAUCUUUUUUUUCUCGAGAAGCGUCCAUUCCGUGUCUUUCUUGACAAUAAAGUGAAAAAAACAAUAGAACGGGGAGAAACAUUGAGGGAUAAAAAUUUUUUGCCUCAUUCCCACCCCACUUUUUUUCUUCUUUUUUUGUUGUUUUUUUUUCUUCUUUUAGUUUUUCUUAUUUUUAUAACUUUCUUUUGCACCUUUAAAAGAAAAACGUACCUGAGAAGAAGUUCCGAGGAGCCCCCAUCUGCGUUUUUGUGUGUGUGCUUCAUUACAAGAUUCCAAAUCGACUUGCACCUUUUUUGAAAUCACCGAUGUCGGGAGAAAGAGAGGAAGAGGAGAGAGAAAGCAAGAAAGAGAGAAGGAAAAGGAAAGGGGAAAGAAGAAAAGAAGAAAAAAAUAAAAAAAGUGAGCUGAUGCUCACUUUAAAUGGAGCAGGCGUCUGCAUUGCACAUUUGCCACGGAUUUAGUUGAUUUAUAUAUAUAAUAUAUUAUAUAACUUUUUUGGCAAAAAAGCACUAUUUUUAUGGGACAUUUUGUGUAGUAUCUGAAGAGGGAUUGUAAUGUUUAAAAUGUGUUAUGGUGCUAAAGUAAGUUGGAAGGGAAAAAACCCAGAA